UAAUGAUAAUAAUAAUUGUAUGCAUCACAAGUAUUCGUAUUACCAGCCUUUACUGCCUGGUGCACAGACAUUUCUAGGCAUUGAACAAGAUGAUUCAUUGGUUGUUGUGUCACCUUAUCAUGAGCUGAAGUCUGUGUAUCAAAUGAAAUGGUCAAGUGCACCAUAUCAAAUUCAUGUUUAUCCACCUUACAUAAUUGGAACUAUGAAUGAUAUGCUUGAAAUCCGUGUACUGUAUCCAAAUAAAAAGAUGAUCCAACAACUGUCAAUACCUCGUGUUACAGCAAUGUGUCAUUCUGGUGGUUGGUUUUAUGCAAGUACAGCUCCAGCCUCAGUCAAUAGAUCGGCUUCUCCUGCUUCUUCUUCAGCUGCUGCUACUACUAAUGAUUCGCGUCAAUCAAAUAAAGAGAGUCCUGCUGGCCGAAGUAAAGCUCACCCUACUACAUAGUAGUAGUAGUGGCAAUGAAAUUUGGCUUAUUCUCUCGGCGAAUCGAUUAAAGUUUAUCCAGGAUUUAGUAAAACAAAAGGAAUAUGAAUUAGCUAUAUGUUUAGCUAGAACAGGAUUAUACGCUGGUCAGAAUGCUGUGGAAACAUUACAAAUAACCAACUUAUACGCUAUACAUUUAUACCAUGAAAUGAAAUUCACUGAAGCUUUGAAUUUAUUCACUGAAUUAUUAAUUAAUCCUAAACAUGUGCUUACUCUAUUCCCUGGUAUUCUGUCUGAACAACAGUUAAAACGACAGCAACAAGAACAAGGACAAAUAGCAGAUUAUCCGUGUGAAAUUUCGAUUAUGAAUUCUGCUCAAAUGACUGAUGCAUUCGAACCACUAAUCACAUAUCUGUUAACAUGGCGACGUCUAUUAAAACAACAAUUGAAUAAAACGCCAUUGAAACAAUCAAAACUAUUGAACAAUAUAACAGAAGCAAAAGAAGAAGGAGGAGAAGGAGAAGAUUCUUCUCAGUUAUCAUUGUCUAGCAGAAGUGGUCAACAACACCAGGCGAAGGCGUAUAAUAAUAAUAAUGUAAUUGAAUUUCAUUGUUAUUCUAUUAAAGAUGUUAGCAAAAUGAUUCUACCAUGUAUAGAAUUGUUAGAAUUAAUUGAUACAAGCCUGUUAAAGUGUUAUCUGUCGACGAAUACAGCUCGUGUUGCACCAUUACUACGUCAAGAAAAUGUAUGUAUGCUUGAAGAAUCAGUGAAAACACUAUUGGAGCAUAAACGUUAUCAAGAAUUAGUUAUGUUGUAUCAGUCACGUGGAUUACAUCGUGAAGCACUGUCUAUACUACAACAGUUCAGUACAGCACGUAUGAAACAUCAUCGUACUGGUGGUGGUGGUGGUGGACUGCUGGUGACAACAACAACAACCACCGAUGCAUCAUCACCAGUAAAUAUGAUUACUUUAGAUGAUAAACUUCAUAAAUCUGGAUUAAUUCAACAACUUGGUCAUCCAAAACGUAUAUUGCAUUAUUUCCUGCAAUACUUGAACGCUAGUCAUAUUGACUUGUUAAUCGAUUAUACAAAAUGGCUUAUGCUGCAUUAUCCAACUAGUUGGAUGCGUAUUUUAUCAAAUUGGGAAGCGAAAUUAACAGCUAAAUAUCAAAGUCAGUUUUCAAGCAAUACAGCAUCGUCAUCAUCAUCAUCAAUUGAUGCAGUUAAACGAGAUGAAUUUAUAGCCUUCUGUUCAAAUUAUCGUAAUCAAAUCUUACAAUAUAUGGAACAAUAUGCACCGCAUUUGAUUAUUCCCUAUCUAGAAUUGAUUAUAUUCGUGCAUUGGAAUAGCCGACACAGUAGUGGUGAUGAUGACGAGGACGAGGACGAUGAAGAGGAGGUGGAGGCUGAGGAGGAGGAAGUGGAUGACGAAGAUGACGAUGUAGAGGAGGAUGAUGUAGGAGUUGAAGAAGAUGAAAAAAUCGGCAACAAUGACGGUGUUGGUGAUAGUAGCAGAGAUGAUGAUAGUAAUGAAAGGCUGGAACCAGGUGAUAACAGUUGUAUCAUGAACAGUACUGAUGAUAGUAUAGAGAAUAAAAUCAAUAAUGGUGAUGCUGCUGCUGCUGAUGCUGAGGAAUUAUUGCAUAAACAGAAAUCUAAGCCUAUUUCAAUUGUUCAACAAUCUGAACAUCAUGGAUCAGUAGGAAAACACAAUGUAUCGAAAAAAAUUAUUGAACACGCCUCGAAUAAAUCUAGUCCUGCGAAUAAUAUAUUAGGCUGUAGAGUGGCUAGUCUGUCACAGCUGUCAUGUAAUUCUAUGGAUUCAACACAAUCUGGAUAUAUGUCUCCUGGUAAGCGUUCAAGUGUCUUUAAAGAGAUGAUAUCCAGCUCUCUAUGGCCAUUACCUUCUGUGAAAAGGUCUAAACAACGACGUUUAACUACAUCAACAAUGAAUAGUUUAUCAAAAGUGGAUAAUUCUACCGUGAACACGAAUGAUUUGGAUGCUUUACCUUCGAUACCAAAUUAUCCUGCUUAUAUGGAUGUAUGCGAUAUACAUACACGUUAUGCAAUGGCAUUAAUUCGUAGAGCACAAUCAUUACAGCCAGCUAAUAAAUCAUUUGCAUUUAAAGUUAAUGAAGAACAACCUAAAUCGGGUAGUGUAGCACGAUUACGUCUACGCUUAUUACGGUUCCUUAUGCAUCCUGGUACACAGUAUUCUUCAGCUCGAUUAUUAGAUAAAUGUCCGUAUGAUGCGUUUUUUGAAGAACGUGCAUUAUUGUUGGCUAACCUGAAUAAGCAUGAACAGGCACUUUCCUUAUGGGUUCAUGUGUUAGACGAUUGGAAUAGAGCAGUAAAUCAUUGUAUAAAUGUUUAUCAAAGAAGUGAAUUGUCUUCAAUUUGUAAAAAUAAUCAAAACAAUAAUAGCAACAAUAAUGACAAUGAUACAAAGCGUGGUGGUGGUGGCGGCGCUGGUGGUGGUGUUGAUACUGUAAACACAGAUUAUCCUAACAAUUCUCAUUCUUCUUCUCAUCAUGGUGCAAUCAACUCUAGUGAUAAACAUUCAAAUUCAUCAUCUUCAUUAAAUCGUCAUAAUUCUUUAAAUUCCCUCGAUAAUUCAUCGUUAUUAGAUUUAAACAACAAUAACAACCAUAACAACAGUAAUACAAAUCAUGAAACAUUGAACACUGAUAAUCAUCAUCAUCCUUUCUAUGACUAUUGUAAUAAUUCAAAUAUCUUUUUUCUGUUGAUACAAAUAUGUCUUCAACCGACAGAGCCAACAUCUUUAGGCAUUGUUCUACCAUCCUCUGUUAAAUUCACACCAAAACUGAACAAGGCCCUUGAAAUCUUACAUCAAUUCAGUUCAUUUAUUGAUCCUGUCAAAGUGAUCCGCAUAAUGCCUACAGUCACAUUAAACUCUGUAGGAGAUUAUUUGAAGAGUAUGUUUAUCAGUCAAGAAAGUACACUAACUCAAUUAGUAUUUCUUCAAAAUGCUUCCAAAGCUGAAUUAAUUGCUUCGUGUACAGAUCGAAUAAAGUCUACGAGUGAUCAUUUAUCAAUUCUACCGUCAACACGUUGUCGUACAUGUCGACGACGUAUUGGUAAUAGUGCUUUUGUGAAACAACCAAGAAAUGCAAAUCAUAGUGAAUUAGAACAUUACGGAUGUUGUAAAGAUUUAAUUUUUAAAAACACUUAGAAAAAUUAAUGAUUUCCCAAAUUUAAUUAAUGGGAGUACAGAUGAAUUAUUAACAUUAUUAUUAUUUUAAUAUUUCUUCUUACCUAAAAGAACAAACCCUCGUUUAUCUUAUUUCAUCAUUCAGUUUAUACAGACGCGCGCGCUUAUCUACCUGCCUUUCUUUUACGGUUUCUUUCAUUGAUUUUGUGAUAAAAGCAUAAUUAUUUUCGUUUAAUCCUCCCCUCCCCAGGACAUAACUCAGUAUUUGUUUCUAUUGCAUAAUGUGAACCAAGUGAUUUACAAUUGCCUCUGUUUUUUUUUACAUGUUCCUACAUUUUUAAAGUAUAAAAGACAAUAAACCAAGAUGAAAUUAUGCC